AGAUAAACUGCUUCCGAUAAAGGAAAAAAUUAUAUUAUCUUUGGUUUAGAGUUUCCAGUGCAAAUCUUUCUUUGAUUAAAGUUAUACAGACAUAACUCACUCCUAUUGAAAAGCUAUUUGGUAUGUCAGAACGAAAGAAAAUAGCUGUGAUUGGGGCAGGACCCAGUGGGUUAACUGCUAUGAAAUGCUGUAAAGAAAAAGGCUUUAUACCUGUUUGUUACGAGAGGAAUAACGACCCAGGAGGCCUCUGGAGGUAUCAUGAAGAGGAUAUCGAAGGAGUUGCAUCUGUAAUGCGUACAACCAUCAUCAACACUAGUAAAGAAGUUGGUGCAUUUAGCGAUUUUCCUCCACCAAAAUCCUUUCCAAAUUACAUGCACAAUAGCAAGAUGUUCAAUUACUUUAUGCGUUAUGCGGAAAAUUUUGACCUUUUAAGACAUAUCAAGUUUAAUUUAGAGGUAGUUAAAGUGGAACCUACACCAGACUUUGAGAGGACAGGUCGGUGGAUAGUAUCAGUAAAGAGUACUCAAACAGAAGCAGUUACUAAAGAAACGUUUGAUGGAAUUAUGGUAUGCAUUGGCCAUCAUGUAUUUCCAAAUAUCCCCACUUUUCCAAAUCAAGCCAAGUUUAAAGGAUCGAUUACACACACACAUAGCCUCAAGUCUUGUGAUCAUUAUAAGGGAAAAACCGUCGUUGUUGUUGGAAUAGGAAAUUCUGGAGUUGAUGCUGCAGUUGAUUCAACGUUUGUUGCAAAGCAGGUUUAUCUAAGCACUCGGAGGGGUUCUUGGAUAUUAUCCAGGGUCGGAACUAAAGGCUCACCGUUUGAUAUGGAUUUCAACACUCGAGUAAAGAACUUAUUCUUUUCCUAUUUACCAUAUGACUUCGUCUGUGACAAGUUAGAACAGGAUUUGAAUGCGAAAUUUGAUCAUGAAACUUAUAAUUUGAAACCCAAGCACAGAGUCCUAAGUGCACAUCCUACGAUGAAUGAUGGGAUACCAAAUGCUAUUCUCAGUGGAAAAGUUAUAAUUAAAGGUGAUAUUGUAAGAUUUGAAGAAAAUGGUAUUGUAUUUUCUGGAGAAAAUGAGGUAACUGAAUGUGAUGCAGUUGUUCUGGCAACCGGAUAUCAUAUUAAAUUCCCUUUUCUUGAUAGUAAAAUACUUUCAACAGAUGGGAAUAGAGUUCAUUUAUAUAAAUAUUCUAUCCCACCUCACUUAAAACAUCCUACAUUGGGCAUUAUUGGUUUAUGUCAACCUUUAGGACCAAUUUUUCCACUCUCAGAGAUGCAAAGUCGUUGGUUUAUGGAAAUUCAAGGAGGAAAACUUAAAUUACCAUCACUAAAAGAAAUGGAAGAGGAUAUUGCUCGUAAAAACGAAGCAAAUGCAAAGCGUUAUGUUGGCUCAGCAAGGCACACUAUUCAAGUAGACUUCAUACCAUUUAUGGAUGAACUGGCCGAAAUAAUCGGUGCAAAACCAAAUUUUGUGAAGAUGGCAAUCACAGAUCCCAAAUUAUUCUGGUAUUGCAUGAAUGGUCCUUGUUUGCCAUAUCAAUUUCGAUUAGUUGGGCCGCAUGCUUGGCCAGGGGCAAGAGAUGCAAUUUUAAGUCUGGAUGAAAGAGUAUACGCUCCUUUAAAUAAGGAUGCAAAAAAGCCAUCUGAUAACAUAUUCUGGAAAAAACCAGCUCUAUAUUUUGGAGCAGUAGCUGCAAUAGGUGCUGCAAUUUGCAGUAACUAUGAAGUUAUCGCUCAAAGUUUAGUAACUCCUCAGUGCCCCCUCUCCCUCCCAAAAAAGAGACAAAAGGGAUAUGAUCAUUUACGUUUGCAUACGCUUUAUGUUACCCUUGAAGUUACAAAUCCUUCAAGAACGGAAAAAUUAUAUUAUCUUUGGUUUAGAGUUUCCAGUGCAAAUCUUUCUUUGAUUAAAGUUACCCAGACAUCACUCUCUCCUAUUGAAAAGCUGUUUGGUAUGUCAGAACGAAAGAAAAUAGCUGUGAUUGGGGCAGGACCCAGUGGGUUAACUGCUAUGAAAUGCUGUAAAGAAAAAGGCUUUAUACCUGUUUGUUACGAGAGGAAUAACGACGCAGGAGGCCUCUGGAGGUACCAUGAAGAGGAUAUCGAAGGAGUUGCAUCUGUAAUGCGUACAACCAUCAUCAACACUAGUAAAGAAGCUGGUGCAUUUAGCGAUUUUCCUCCACCAAAAUCCUUUCCAAAUUACAUGCACAAUAGCAAGAUGUUCAAUUACUUUAUGCGUUAUGCGGAAAAUUUUGACCUUUUAAGACAUAUCAAGUUUAAUUUAGAGGUAGUUAAAGUGGAACCUACACCAGACUUUGAGAGGACAGGUCGGUGGAUAGUAUCAGUAAAGAGUACUCAAACAGAAGCAGUUACUAAAGAAACGUUUGAUGGAAUUAUGGUAUGCAUUGGCCAUCAUGUAUUUCCAAAUAUCCCCACUUUUCCAAAUCAAGCCAAGUUUAAAGGAUCGAUUACACACACACAUAGCCUCAAGUCUUGUGAUCAUUAUAAGGGAAAAACCGUCGUUGUUGUUGGAAUAGGAAAUUCUGGAGUUGAUGCUGCAGUUGAUUCAACGUUUGUUGCAAAGCAGGUUUAUCUAAGCACUCGAAGAGGUUCUUGGAUAUUAUCCAGGGUCGGAACUAAAGGCUCACCAUUUGAUAUGGAAUUCAACACUCGAGUAAAAAACUUACUCUUUAGCUAUUUGCCAUAUGAUUUAGUCUGUGACAAGGUAGAACAGGAUCUUAAUUCGAAAUUUGAUCAUGAAACUUAUAAUUUGAAACCCAAGCACAGAGUCUUUAGUGCACAUCCUACGAUGAAUGAUGGCAUACCAAAUGCUAUUCUCAGUGGAAAAGUCAUAGUUAAAGGUGAUAUUGAAAGAUUUGAAGAAAAUGGUAUUGUAUUUUCUGGAGAAAAUGAGGUAACUGAAUGUGAUGCAGUUGUUCUGGCAACCGGAUAUCAUAUUAAAUUCCCUUUUCUUGAUAGUAAAAUACUUUCAACAGAUGGGAAUAGAGUUCAUUUAUAUAAAUAUUCUAUCCCACCUCACUUAAAACAUCCUACAUUGGGCAUUAUUGGUUUAUGUCAACCUUUAGGACCAAUUUUUCCACUCUCAGAGAUGCAAAGUCGUUGGUUUAUGGAAAUUCAAGGAGGAAAACUUAAAUUACCAUCACUAAAAGAAAUGGAAGAGGAUAUUGCUCGUAAAAACGAAGCAAAUGCAAAGCGUUAUGUUGGCUCAGCAAGGCACACUAUUCAAGUAGACUUCAUACCAUUUAUGGAUGAACUGGCCGAAAUAAUCGGUGCAAAACCAAAUUUUGUGAAGAUGGCAAUCACAGAUCCCAAAUUAUUCUGGUAUUGCAUGAAUGGUCCUUGUUUGCCAUAUCAAUUUCGAUUAGUUGGGCCGCAUGCUUGGCCAGGGGCAAGAGAUGCAAUUUUAAGUCUGGAUGAAAGAGUAUACGCUCCUUUAAAUAAGGAUGCAAAAAAGCCAUCUGAUAACAUAUUCUGGAAAAAACCAGCUCUAUAUUUUGGAGCAGUAGCUGCAAUAGGUGCUGCAAUUUGCAGUAACUAUGAAGUUAUCACUCAAAGUUUAUACUAAUAAAAACCAAUUAUCUAUUAUUUUGCGAAUAAUUAUAUAGUGCAAAAUCAGAACAUUUCUAUGACAUUAUGUAACAAAAAAAUUUAUAUUAAAUGUAUUAUGCUUGCUUACACAACAAGAUUCAAAUAUUUGAGAAGUUCAUGAUAUUUUUCUUUCAUUCAUAUAGUUAUCUAUAAAUUAGGGAGUUCUUAUCUGCAAAACUGAUUUAUGUAUCUGAGAACUUGAUUUUAUGUGUCAAGAGAAUUUUUUUUUGUCGAAAAAAAAACUUCUUAUAGCAGGGAAAAUACCACUACAUAAUCUCCAUUUUAUUUAAUUAACAUCAUUUAGUUAGUUUGUAUUGCACAAAAUGAACUAUUUUCCCUUUAGUCCUGCUAUAACUCGUUCACCAGGAGUUGGCACCUGUAUCAUGUGGUAUGAGACGAUACUAUUUCGCUAUUUUUGGAAGACGGUUGUAAGCAAUCCUGAACAAGGUUGCUUUUUGGCGAUCGUAUGGCAAAAAUAUUUCUUUCGCGAACUUUAUCUGUAUUUGUUUAACAUUAAAUAUUUCAUAAAUUUGAUGAUAUUUCACACCAUUUUUAUGAUAUUUCUCUCUUUUGAGUGAAUAAUUUAUCCUUUUGGAGGAAUUUUGCUGGGAAAACAGCAGUUUUUAAAUUUAAAAUAUAUUUAAUUAGCUAGAUAAACGAAAGGUAUAAUAGCAGAUGAUAAACGAAGUAAGCGAAUGAAAAAAAGUCACUGUUUGUGCUUGGCGAGCAUUAAGGGUUGUCUCAAUUUCAAGCGCGGAGAUGCUUCUCUUCUUACUCCCGAGCUGAAAUGAACUCUGCGUCCGAGGAGGUGGAACCAAGUGCCAGCUCUUGGUGAAUGAACUAUAGUUGCACAAGCUACUUACACAUUGUUGAUGUUGAUAUAAUUGAUUAAAUUAUAUGAAUAAUGGAAAAUAAUACUAAUAAAUACAAUUUUGCAAAAUGA